GAGCGAAGACACCUCGGAUUAUCUUGAGAGAUCAGAAGAAACAAAGAAGGAAGAUGGAGAUGUGCAUGGAUGACAAGUGGAAGCUGUCCAAGAAGGGCAGCCGGAGGUCGGGGACGGUGGCACCGGCAGCGGCCACCAAUAGUCCGGUGGGGCUCAAGGGCCGGACGGCGAGGGGCUCCGGCCGAUCGGUGCCUGGGCGGCUGGCGAGUCUUGCCAAGGAGCAGAGGGCCAGGUUCUACAUCAUGCGCCGCUGCGUCACCAUGCUCGUGUGCUGGCGGGAUUAGCCAAUCCAGGCCAGUGUAGUUUGAUCUGUUCUUCUCUGCUUGGAGAGGCGAAGGUAGAUAGUGAGAGAUGUGCCUGAAUUUCUAUGGCCAUCCUUUAGUUUGCUAAGUAGAUAGGUACGGUUGAUAACAAUGGAAGAGCUCCCAUUAGUUUGUUGCUCUGAGUCAUGUCCAUGGAAAAUGAUGAAAACAUUUCGUUUUUGUGCUGUCUAACAGUUUGUUAACUUA